UUCAUUUUUUACUAAAUAUCGCGAGACGUGCGUUGCCUAGGACACGUUUUACUAUUACCAGAGUAAACGCAAUUUGAUAAAUCUUCUAACUCACUGAACUGAUUGAUAUACUAUGGAACUGCUAGAAGUUUUGGGACCAAACAAUAUUCCAGAAAAAGGAACCUGGUAUGCACUUGUUCCUACAGGACAGAUCCCUAGUGUUCGAGUGGGGCAUACUUGUUUACACAUACCACAGACUGAUGGAAAAGGACAGAUUGUUGUUGUUGGAGGAGCAAAUCUUAAUGGGAGCUUUUCUGAUGCCUAUAUUCUUGAUUUAGAUGCAUAUGAAUGGGAUAUACCUUUAUGGGAAGGUCUGCUACCUCGCUAUGAACAUGCCAGCUUUUGCCCAACAAAUAAUUUCAACAGUCUGUGGGUAUUUGGUGGCGCAGAUCAGUAUAGCAAUCGAAACUGUGUUCAGGUGUUAGACUCAGAGAAAGGUUUCUGGAGAAGUCCAGCAGUAGGUGGAACUGCCCCAUCAGCCCGAACAUUUCAUACAGCAACUGCAGCCAUUGGGAAUAACCUUUAUAUAUUUGGAGGAGGUGACAAAGGAACAGAGCCUGUUCACGAUACCGAGCUUCAUGUAUUUGACUCUGUUGCUUUAACAUGGUCACAACCAGUUACUCAUGGAAAGCCUCCAGCAGCAAGGCAUGGCCAUGUUGUAGUUGCAGUAGGAACUUCGCUUUACAUUCAUGGUGGAUUAGCUGGUAAUAGAUUCUAUGCAGAUAUGUUUUGCAUUGAUACAGUUGAUAUGAAGUGGAACAAAGUAAAUAUGACAGGAGAUGUCCCAUCAGGCCGUGCCGCUCACUCAGGAGUUGCAUUUGAAAGUCUUAUCUAUAUCUUUGGUGGCAUGAAUACUGCAGGAGCAUUAAAUACAAUGCAUAAAUAUUGUACUGAGACAAGAUGCUGGAGUCUUGUAAAAUUUGUUUCAGCUUUGCCAUCUAGCAGGCUUGACCAUUCAAUGUGUAUAAUUCCUUGGAAGAUUCCAUUCCUUGAGGCUCACAGAGCUACAUGUUAUUUAGAAGACUCCAAAACUGUAAGUACAGGUGAGGAUCUUAAAAAGCAAACAUUUUCAACAGAAGAAGAAUCUGAAAAAACUGAUUCAAAGCACCAGGUCCCCAAACAUCAGGAAAAGACAUCUACAAGUCAAGAUAAAAGAGGUCUCUACUUGUGUCUGAUAUUUGGGGGUAUGAACACUGAUGGAGAAAUGUAUAAUGACUGUAUUGUUACUGCUAUUGAAUAACAGAUAACUGUAUGGAACUGAUUUACUUUUUACUUGUUGCUUUCAUAUGAACUAUAUUUGCAUCUUAACAACUGCUUGUAAUUGUCUUUCCUUUAAAAAAUAGCCAUUUCACCAGGGUUAGUGAAACAUAGGCUCAAACAGUUUUCACUGAACAUAACAUUGCAUUUCAUCACAUUUGAUUUAGCUCACAGGGACAUGUAGUUGGACUGCUUCACAUGGAUUAGAGGCAUGUACUUUAAGUGCAUAUGUAGAUUUGCAUUGCCAACAUUUGUGCAGUACUGUUUGCAAUUGCAAGUAAUUUGCUCUCUGGCAAACUUUGUUUCCAAAGGUUUAUUUAUAUUAUCUUGAAGGUUACGCAACAUUAGACAUAUGAGAAUCUUUCUUAGUAUUUGGGCUCCACCUUGGAGUUAAAAUACAUAAGCGGGGAAUAGUGGAGCAGUACUUAUAACAUUAUGUGGUACAGGAGGUGUCUAGCCCUUGAAGAAGUGUGUUUUUUUUUACUUAUUUAAGAGGUUUCUUUUUAGACUUGUAUUUGGUGGUGUUUAUAUAUCACUCAAAAUCCAAAACAAAUAUACUUGGAAGUAGGAAAUACCUUGAGUCCACAGACUAAGUCAUUCAACUUUAUUUCAGAAUAAAAUAAAAUAAGAUACCAUAAACGCUUAACUGGGUCACCGCAUUUUCAUGUUUCCCUGCAAAGACUUCAUCA